GCUGGCAAGUCAGUUUGUGUGUACACCUCCCCGCUUUUUGCCUUGGAGACGGAGAAAGACAGUAUUGAUUUUGGUGGGUGUUUCAACAUGGACAUGGACGUCCCGGCUUCUCCACCUGGGAAUAUGGGGCUGUUACGGACCUUUGACUGCUCGGAGUUCAGCAGCUGGGAGAAAAUAGGCUCAGGUGGAUUUGGACAAGUAUACAAAGUCCGGCAUGUACAGUGGAAAACAUGGCUGGCCAUCAAGUGCCCUCCCUCCCUUCACAUGGAUGACAAGGACCGUGCUGAGCUGCUGGAGGAGGCUAAGAAGAUGGAGGCAGCCAAGUUCCGGUACAUCCUGCCCGUGUACGGGAUCUGUGAGGACCCCCAGGGCCUGGUCAUGGAGUACAUGGAGACCGGGUCCCUGGAGAACCUGCUGGCCUCCAACCCCCUGCCCUGGGAGCUGCGGUUCCGCAUCAUACACGAGACGGCGGUUGGAAUGAACUUCCUGCACUGCAUGAACCCGCCGCUUCUCCACCUGGACCUGAAGCCGGCCAACAUCCUCCUGGACGCUCACUAUCACGUCAAGAUAUCUGAUUUCGGUCUGGCGCGUUGGAACGGCCUGUCACGGGCUGAUGACAUGAGCAGAGAAGGCUUCUGUGGCACCAUUGCCUACCUGCCACCCGAGAGCAUCAUACAGAAGCACCGAGUGUCAGACACCAAGCAUGACGUUUACAGUUUCUCCAUUGUGAUCUGGGGCGUUCUCACGCAGAAGAAACCCUACCAAGACGAGCCUUCAAGAGAAAGCAAUAUCCUCCAGAUAAUGGUGAAAGUGGUUAAAGGGAUUCGUCCAGACCUGGGUGCGAUACCACGAUGUCGGCCUUCAACCUGUGCUGGAUUCCUGAGCCUCAUGCAGCGCUGCUGGGUAGUGAAGCCUGAUGACAGACCAAGCUUCCACGAAAUUACAUCUGAAGCUGAAGAGCUCUGCUCCAAACCGCAGGAUGAGCCCAAAACCCCAACACUGUCGUCAUCAGAGCCGGAGCCCCUGUCCCCGACCCCUCUCACAGGUGAACAGGGAACGGACAACAAACCAGUUCGUCCAAAGUCGGCCAUGUUGCCGGAAAAAGACUGCAGCCUGUCGGAGCUGCUGAGCCAGGUGGAUUCUGGGAUCUCCAGAAGCUUCGACCGAGUCAAGGAGGAUAGCUGCCACAGCAAGGAGAACACGUGCAAGAGACUGUCUGCCAUCUCCUCUGCAGAUUCAGCCUUCUCCUCCCAAGACUCCAUCACCCUGUCCUUUGAAAAAGAAAACACCUUUGAUUCUGCUGAAGUCCAAAAGCGGAAGCUGUGUGAGGCCAUCAGGACCAAAGAUACAGCCAAGCUGAUGAAGAUCCUCCAGCCUCAGGAUGUUGACCUCCUCCUCGAUGGAGGAGGAAGCCUGCUCCACCAUGCCAUCAGCUUGGCCAACGAGGAGGCUGUUAAAUUCCUGCUCCUGAGCAAUGCCAACCCCAAUCUUCCCAACGCCCGUGGCUCCACACCGCUCCAUCUGGCCACGGAGAAGCACCUGAAGCCGUUGGCUGAGCUCCUGCUCGGUCGGCGCAGCACCAACGUGAAUGCUAAAGAUGAGGAUCAGUACACGGCUUUGCACUGGGCGGCCCAGAGUGGAGAUGAAGCGAUUGCACGCCUGCUGGUCGACCGGGGAGCGGCCAUCAACGAGGCCGACGGCCAGGGACGCACACCGGCUCACGUGGCGUGCCAGCAUGGUCAGGAGAAUGUAAUCAGGGUGCUGCUGAGCCGCGGCGCUGACGUCCGAAUCAAGGGCAAGGACAACUGGACGGCGCUCCACUUUGCUGCUUGGCAGGGGCAUCUGGGAAUCGUCAAGCUGCUGGUCAAGCAGGCGUGUGCCGACGUAGACGGCCAGACAUCAGACGGCCGGACGCCGCUGCAUCUGGCAUCCCAGAGAGGGCAGUAUCGCGUGGCCCGGAUCCUGAUCGAGCUAGGAGCAGAUGUCCACAUGGCUUCGGCUGGGUUAAACACACCACUACAUGUGGCGGCGGAAACGGGUCACACCAGCACCUCCCGUCUGUUGAUUAAACAUCAGGCGGACAUUCAUGCCCAGAACACUCAUGGACUCACGCCCCUCCACCUGGCCUCGCAGCGAGGCCACCUCGCCACGGUCAAGAUGUUGAUUGCAGAGGGGGCGGACCCCUACAGGUCCAACCAGGCCCUGCGCACCCCCUGCCACCUGGCAGCAGAGGAUGGACACUGUGAAGUUCUGAAAGAGCUGCUACUUCACUGUCCGGACGGUGGCACCCUGUCGGACGAGCAGGGCCUCAGCCCCUUACACCUGGCAGUGCAGGGCGGACACUCGGAUGUCAUCACAAUGCUGCUGCCUGAGGUCUGCCAGGACUUUGUUACGGAGAGCACGGGCCAGCCUGAAGCUGAGGAGGCUGAGGAGCCUUCAUCACCUACAUCACCUACAUCACCUACAUCACCUACAUCACCUACAUCACCUACAUCACCUACAUCACCUACAUCACCUACAUCACCUACAUCACCUACAUCACCUACAUCACCUACAUCACCUACAUCCCCGGAGCCCAGGCAGCUGCAGAGGAAAGUUGUCAUUCUCAAACUGACAGAGCACAAGGACAAAGACUUCCCACAACCCCCCACCUCACAGUGUGCUUCCGCACCAUGCUAACAAGAUGUAUAUGAUGCCUUAUUUUUGGACUCUUGUAACCAUCACCUGAAAAAGCUUUGAUGUAGAUAUGUAUACUGUAAAUAUGAAGUAUUAUUACCUGUGUAUUGUUUGAAUUUUUGUUUUUGUUUGCUUUUUAUCUAAAAAGCACUUUUUUUAAUACCCAACGAACAUGUCUUGUAUCAAUAUUAAUGAUGGAAUGACUGGGAAAGCUCUUGUGGGCCUUUAGUGGGUCUCACUGCAGCCUGUAAGUAACAUUUUAAUAGAGACAUAUGUUUUAUAUUGUACAUCAUUAUCAGGGCCAGUGCAUUCAGACAAAUCUUGUAAAGUUCAGCACCUCUUACAAAGCAGUGCUGCAUCAUCCAUUAAAACACUUUAAACCUUC